AUGGAUGAACAAGUGUGUAAAAUAAUGAAUCCAACCGAUGACAUGGUAAUUGCAUCGGGUGAAACUGAAAUAACGACGGUUGAUAUUAAUCAGAACAAAACAUCGCAUCAUUCAUCUCCAUUACUCGCAUUGUCUUUAGCCGAUUUCGAAUUAGAUGAAAUUGUCGUUAUUUAUUCAUCGAAUGAAAAGAUCGCCGAUCCUGAUCCUGUUGCUGUUGAAUUAAAUUUGGUUCAAAAUGAACUGAUGGUGUUCGGAAGAACAAAGAAAAAUCGUUUGGAACUGGUGAAACAAAUGCAAGAGAAACUUUUUGGAAACGAGCUGACAACCGAACAUGGAUUGACCAUUGGGAUACCCUGGUCAACAAAUCCGACCGGAUUCCUGGAAACGGAAUUGCAUUGGAAUCCGACUAGAAAAAUUCCGUCGGUUGUUGCAAAUUUUAUGAGCGAUCUUUUUAGCUAUGUUCUAUGA